UCCUAGGAUGAGUUCAUAUUUCAGACACUCUGAAUCCGUGAUUAAGAGACGUUUGGAAUAUUAAGCGAAAUGUUAAAAUAUUUUGGACGAGUUUCAAAAAUGGGCAAAGACAACGGAGAGCUAAAGGAAUAUCAGCCCUUACUUAAAGACUUCAAAGAACCCGUUCAACAAAUAAAGGUUCCCAGUAAGUCUCUUCUUCUGGCUGUCUGGGCUGCUGGCAUUGGUGGAACCUUUCAGUAUGGGUACAAUAUUUCUAUCAUAAAUGCACCGACCAAGUCUGUACAGAACUUCAUUAAUCAGACAUGGACAGAGCGCUACAACACGGAAAUCUCCACACAGAUGCUCACUCUCCUCUGGUCCACCAUUGUGUCCAUAUUCACUCUUGGUGGACUUGUGGGAGCGUCCGUUGGGGGAACUCUGGCCAUUAGAUUUGGAAGGAAAGGGACACUAUUGUUUAACAACACAUUUGCUCUGCUGGCUGCUUUCUUCAUGGGCUUGAGUUAUCCUUCGAGCACUUUUGAGCUUUUAAUCAUCGGACGCUUCCUGACAGGAGUAAACGCAGGUAUCGCGAUCUGUGUGCAGCCUCUGUAUAUUGGUGAGAUCGCACCUAGAGCUCUGCGUGGAGCCAUGUCCAUGGGGACCUCCAUCUUCAUCACCGGGGGGAUCUUAACGGGACAAGUGAUUGGCCUCAAAGAGUUGUUAGGUAAGGAGGAGUACUGGCCCAUACUCUUGUCCACCACGUGUAUUCCAGCCAUCCUGCAGCUGCUGAUUCUGCCCUGGUUCCCCGAGAGCCCCCGCUACCUCCUCAUCGACCGUGGGGAUGAUGUCGCCUGCACAAAAGCUCUAACGUGGUUCCAUGGGCCGGAUAAGUACCAUGGAGAGAAGGAGGACAUAGAGAGAGAGAGGGACUGUGCGAUCGGCAUUAAACCCAAGAAGCCCUGGGAGCUUUUUAAAGACAGCAGUCUUCGCUGGCAGCUUCUGACCCUCUUAGUGAUCCACACGUCCCAGCAACUCAACGGCAUCAAUGCGAUUUAUUUUUAUGCAGACUACGUGUUCACCCAGGCUGGGAUUCCAGCUGACAAGAUUCCGUACGCCACAGUGGGAACCGGAGCUUGCGAGUGCAUCACUGCGCUGACCUGUGGUCUUCUGAUCGAGUCUUUGGGAAGAAGGGCUCUGAUUAUUGGUGGAUACUCUCUCAUGAGCCUGUGUUGUGUCUGUUUCACCGUCGCACUGACUUUUCAGGAGUCCAGCACUUGGGUUCCCUAUCUUAGUAUGACCUGUGUUUUUGCCUUCAUCCUCAGUUUUGGCCUUGGACCAGGUGGUGUGACAAACAUUUUAACAACAGAGAUGUUUACCCAAACCGAUCGGCCUGCUGCAUACAUGAUUUCCGGCUCUAUCAAUUGGACCUCUUUCUUCCUCAUCGGCAUGAUCUUCCCAUUUAUUGUGAAUGGCCUAAAGCAGUACUGCUUCCUUGUUUUCCUUGUUAUCUGUUGCUUGGUGGCCACGUACAUCUUCUUUGUGGUCCCAGAGACCAAGAACAAGACAUUUCUGGAGAUUCAGAGUGAGUUUCGCUCUAAAAAGAAGCUCACUGCUGCCAAUGGUACUGAGGGCCCUCUACUGUCCACACCAAUGUAAAACACACAAUACAGUAGGCCGACAUUCACAAAGCACUGUAUUUUAAUAUUUGAAAGGGCGUGUGUAAAAUGUGCCAAAAAAUACAUGGAAAUGUGAGAUCAGCAAAUAUCUGAAAUAAAGAUACUUGUUGAACAAGUAAUAGUGUACUAUGUAGUAAUUUGCAAGCGUGUGAUCAGUUAUUCACACACAGACUGCACGAAAUCAUGUGCCUUCAAAAUGAAUACUGUCUUUAUAUCAAGGAGAGUCACACAAUGAGGGACUUUCAAUAGUAUUACAUAUUGGAUGUGUUUUAAAGAAAUGAAUAUGGAUAAAACUCUCUGCAGCGAUACUAUUUAGAAUCAUUGUAGGCUACUUGUUUGAUACAGGUUUCUGCUCUAAUUCUGUAAACUGGAUCAAUAUUG